AUGGAAUUUAAUCAGCCGUGGUACUACCCUCUCAGACCGACGAAAGAGCCGAGCACUCAGUCAAAAAUAAGGUCGUCAUCCCACAAGCACUUCGGAUACAUAGAGCCGACGAGAAGGUAUUUGAGAAGCUUGAGGCCAUUCAGAUAA